CUCACCUAUUCCUAAUAAAUUCUUCAACCAUUCUUCCUCUUAUUAUGUUCACAUUCAAGAUUUGAACUUUACAGCUUCUGCUACUCUUCCCAGCUUUAUUUAACCCUGCCCAUAACUCUCCCUCCAGUUCUGCACCAUUCCUAUUUCCUCCUCAUGGAUUGGCAUUUCAAGCUUUCCUUUGCAGCAUUCCUGGUCUUAGCUCCCACCAUUUGUACACUGACACAUGGGCUAACCAUCAUCUCUGGAACGGUCUUCUGCGACCAAUGUAAAGAUGGCCAGAUUUCUCUCUUCGAUUAUCCCGUUUCCGGGGUAAAGGUUGCAAUGGCGUGUCCUGAUGGGAACGGGCAAUUGACAACCAGGGGAGAGGAAACCACGAAUUGGUUAGGCACUUUCAACAUGAGGUUUGAUGAAACCUCAGAUUUGAGCAAUUGUUUUGCCCAGGUUUCGGGAAGUGGUCAAGCAUCAGGAGGAGCCUGUGGGGCAGUGAGCGGUCCUGCUAGACCUCUCAAACUAAUGUAUAACAUGUUUGGUAUGGCAAUGUAUGCUGUAGACACUCUGAUUUCCCAGCCUGCACAGCCAAUGUCCUUUUGCCCAUCUUCUUCCGUGCCUGUGCCUGUGCCCGUGCCCGCGCUCGUACCUGUUACUCCACCACCCAAGGUGCCUUCUCCAUCAGCAUUCGUACCUGUUACUCCACCACCCAAGGUGCCUUCUCCACCAGCAUUCGUACCUGUUACUCCACCACCCAAGGUGCCUUCUCCACCAGCAUUGCCCAUCUUACCUCCAAUGCCUCCGUUUCCAUUUCUUGAAGCUUCCGCCUGUCCAUACGGAAAAUGGAUGAUGCCUGAAUACAGAUGCUACUGGAAGGUUGUAAGUCCAGAUACAAAAGUAGGAGUCAUUUUCGGGCUGCUAGCGGCAAGAAAAUAUGGAAUGGAGAUGACGCUGUGGGAAGGGUUGAACGGAAGAGGGGAGGCCUACAAGACAUUGCUGAGGGAAGGCACAACUGCACUCCUCAACUCCUACAAUUCAGUGCAGUACCCUUACAACCCUCUGGGAGUUGUGGAACGCAUGAAUUGGGCGUUGAUGGCGGGGUCCACUCGCCAAGUCCUCCACACCGCUCUCAGUUUCAUGAAGGCUAACUAUGGAUUUGGCCACCCUGCAUCUACCUGCAGAUUCACUUCUUGCACCCCUAAUUGAUCAUGAUAAUUGUUUUUUCUAUUGUGAUAUUAUUAUUAUUAUUAUCACUCAUUCACUCAGAUAUACCAUUUCUCAGCUCCUUCAUAUUGCUUAUGUUUGUUACUAGUACUAUAUGGUUGAUGAAUGUGAGCAGAAAUACGUCAUUUAUAGUCUAUAGAAUGUUAUGUAAAGGCAGGUCCCAACUCCUAUUGUCUUUCAGUGUAUCCCUACGGAGUGCUCCGUAUUAUAUUUACUGUAUGGGGUUAGCAUUUUCCCAUACGUGAGAUGUCACAAUAAUAUAUUUCCACUUUUGUUCUUACCCACGGGUUCA